AUGGCCGGGGAAAAGAAAGGAGCCAAGGUCAAGCCUAGCAACAAGGCUGGCGCUGCCGCCAAAGCCGUCCUCAAGGGAACAGGGGCCCAGAAAGUGCGCAAGAUCCGUACCUCGACCACAUUCCACCUCCCCAAGACCCUCCAACUCUCCCGAUCUCCCAAAUACCCCCGCAAGUCGGUUCCCCAUGAGACUCGCCUCGACCACCACAAGGUCAUCAUCCACCCUCUCAACACCGAGAGCGCCAUGAAGAAGAUCGAAGAGAACAACACCCUUGUCUUCAUUGUCGAUGUCAAGGCCAACAAGCGCCAGAUCAAGGCUGCUCUUAAGACGCUGUACGACGUUGACACUGUCAAGAUCAACACUCUUAUCAGACCCGAUGGCUCAAAGAAGGCCUACGCUCGGUUGACUCCUGAUGUGGAUGCUCUUGAUAUUGCGGCUACCAAGCUAGCUAUUGUUUAA